AUGGACUGUGUUCUCAGCUGGAUGGACCUGUGUCUCUCAUCUGAUGGACUGUGUUCAGCUGGAUGGACUGUGUCUCAGCGGAUGGACUGUGGUCUCAGCUGGAUGGACUGUGUCCUCAGCUGGAGACUGUGUCUCAGCUGGAGGAACUGUCUCUCAGCUGAUGGUCUGUGUCUCUCAGCUGGAUGGACUGUGUCUCAGCUGGAUGGACUGUGUCUCAGCUGGAUGGACCCUGUGUCUCAGCUUGGAGGAACUGUCUCUCAGCUGGAUGACUCGUUCUCAGCUGGAUGGACCUGUGGUCCUCAGCUGAUGGACCUGUGUCUCAUCUGGAUGGACUGUUGUCCUCAGCUGGGAUGGACGUGUCCUCAGCUUGAGAACAGUCUCCAGCAGGAUGACUGUGGUCUCAGCUGGAUGGACUGUCUCACUGGACGACUGUGUCUCAGCUUGGAUGGACUGUGUCUCUCAGCUGGAUGGACCGUGUCACUCAGCGGAUGGACUGUGUCUCUCAGCAGGAUGGACUGUGUCUCAGCUGGAUGGACUGUGCUCAGCUGGAUGACUGUUCUCAGCUGGAUGGACUGUGUCCUCUCAGCUGAGGACUGUGUUCUCUCAGCUGGAUGGACUGUGUUCUCAGCUGGAUGGACUGUGUCCUCAGCUGGAUGGACUGUGACCUCCUUCACUGAUGGACUGUCGUGUGCUGAAGUGUCUGAUGAAGAGGAGCUAGAGCCGACCUCCACAAAGGCCCAGAAAAACAAACGGACCAAGAGGACAGAUGCGUGUGCUGAAGUGUCUGAUGAAGAGGAGCUAGAGCCGACCUCCACAAAGGCCCAGAAAAACAAACGGACCAAGAGGACAGAUGCGUGUGCUGAAGUGUCUGAUGAAGAGGAGCUAGAGCCGACCUCCACAAAGGCCCAGAAAAACAAACGGACCAAGAGGACAGAUGAAGCUUCUAGAAACCCAAAGAAACCCUGGAGUGAGGAGGAGAGCCGUGGAGAAGAGGAUGGAGAAGGAGAGUCCUACCACGUCUUCUGCAGCUACAGCAGCACUGACUACCAAUGGACACACACUCUCAUACAGCAGCUGGAGCAAAGUGGUCUGAGAGUGUGUGACCAUGAGAGAGACUUCACUGCAGGACGUCCCAUCCUUAACAACAUGUCUGAGAGCAUCCAGAAGAGCCAGAAGGUGCUGCUGGUCCUGAGUGCAGAGUUUGUGCAAAGCCGCUGGUGUCUGCUGGAGGCCAACAUGUCCAUGUUCAGAGACUGUCUCCAGAGGAAGCCCAUAGUGCCAUUGCUGCUGCAGAGGGACCUGCCCAUUCCUCUGCACCUGGCCCACCUCACCUACCUGGACGUCCACCAGCCCGACUUCAGACAGCAACUGAUGCGAGUCCUGUGUACGCCCAACCAGGAGAUGCAGGGCUCCACUGUAGUGCCCUACCAGCCUCCCUCCUUCUAUAAUGGAAAAAGACUUGAGCCUCUGUCCCCAGUUAAUGAUGGGAAGGCCGUGGGUCAGGCCAACGGUCUCCUGCACGAGGAGCACGUCCUGAUCGGGGCUCAGUCCAACUCUAAACUGUUCCUGGUGUAUGUGAGUGUGGAGAGAUGCAGACAGGAGCUGAGUGCACAGGACCAGUACCAGGAGGGUUUUUAUAAAGCCAUUCUGGAGCACUCCUCUGAGUACACAUGCUGCCUCUUUAACAGAUACUUCCCCUUCGACACGUCCUCCACCUCUGCUCACCUGGAGGGAGGCGUGUGCUUCUGUCAAGAAAUGGAGAGUGCAGAGUUUCUGUCUCCGGUGCUCUCUCAGGGAGAGUCCUACCACGUCUUCUGCAGCUACAGCAGCACUGACUACCAAUGGACACACACUCUCAUACAGCAGCUGGAGCAAAGUGGUCUGAGAGUGUGUGACCAUGAGAGAGACUUCACUGCAGGACGUCCCAUACUAGACAACAUGUCUGAGAGCAUCCAGAAGAGCCAGAAGGUGCUGCUGGUCCUGAGUGCAGAGUUUGUGCGAAGCCGCUGGUGUCUGCUGGAGGCCAACAUGUCCAUGUUCAGAGACUGUCUCCAGAGGAAGCCCAUAGUGCCAUUGCUGCUGCAGAGGGACCUGCCCAUUCCUCUGCACCUGGCCCACCUCACCUACCUGGAAGUCCAGCAGCCAGACUUCAGACAGCAACUGAUGCGAGUCCUGUGUACGCCCAACCAGGAGAUGCAGGGCUCCACUGCGCCUCCAUCUCUCUACAAUGGGAAGAGACUGGAGCCUCUGUCCCCAGUUAAUGAACGGAAUCUCAUUAAUAAGUUUGACUGUGGAGUGUGGAGCAACUUUGUGCCUGACCAACUGAGCUUGAUCAUUAGGAAGCCAGAACGCUACAGAGAGGCCGUAGUGCACGAGCUUCAGAAGGCCGUGGGUCAGGCCAACAACCUCCUGUACGAGGAGCACGUCCUGAUGGGGGCUCAGUCACACUCUAAACUGUUCCUGGUUUAUGUGAGUGUGGAGAGAUGUAAACAGGAGCUGGCCCAGGACCAGGAGUUCUUCCAUGACUCUAUCCUGAAGUUCUCCUGUGAGUAUGCAUGCUGUCUUUCCAAAAGGCACUUCCCCUCUCCAAAUGCCUCCACUUUGAGCCAUCUGGAGGGAAACAUGUGCUUCUGUCAGUUUGUUCUUCUUAAGAUCUCAGCGAAAGAAGGAAGAAAAAACAGGUGA